UAUCAACAGAACAUUCAAUCAUACCCCUCAUGUCGACCAUCUCUCGGUAUAGCUCCUUUUCAUUUCACCUCCAUCGAUGGUAGCAUGGCUUCCACAGACAUGGCAACAGCGACAUUAUCCGUUGAUGAGAUCGCUGCUAUGGGCGAUGCUGAGCUUGGCAUGUUCAUGAAGAAGCAUCGCCGCCCCGGUGGUGGUUUCGAGCUCCCUGUUGACGGGUGGGACAAGCUGUCCAAGGAUGAACGCAACCGUCUCGCUGAGAGGCUGAAGGCCCAAGAACGCGGCCUAGCCCAGAGUCCCACGGCUUGUUCUCGCCCACUCGACCUCGACGACCUUGAUGCACGCCUACGCCAAGUAUCGCCCAACAAUAGCUUUUCAUUACGACCCGAACUAAAAGCCAUCGAGCGAUCGGAGUCCCCUACCCCACCGUUCGACCUCGAGGUCCACAGGACGAGAGACGAGAUUGAGUCUUACCAUGAGCUCAUCGACGAUGGCGGCCGCCCAUUAUACCCCAUAGACGUUAUUCAGGAUGUUUAUAGGAAUCCAAACAACUAUGCUGAGAUUCUGCGACCUUGGCAGGAGUCCCUCACCCAAAUACGCCCUGGAGGCAUAUUCCAGAGACAGUUGCAGAGGUGGCAGGACUUCCGCAAGUGGCAAAACGAUAAUCGAGGCCGUGAGGACGACGAUGGUGGCUUCCCGGCGUAUGUCGAGCAGCAGAAGCACUGGAUAAAACGAGACUGUUUGAAGGAAACACGUGCCCGGCGCCUGGCCGAGAUUGAAGCUGAUCCGUCAUGCCUUAAGCCGGAAUGGGAUCAGAUGCAAUUACUUCGCAGACGGCAGCGACGCCUCUACAGAGAACGCGACUGCGACGGGUUCCACGACUAUGCAGCGGCGGUGAAGCGCCGCCUCACACGCCACGACUUCACCCAACCGUUUGAGCUCGAGGAAGACCCCAAGAAACAGGAUCGGCUGGCAACGUGGAUCGAAUACCUCAACUACGAGUACUGGUGGCUUGACAAGUACAUCGGCGAUAUCGAGCGCCUAGAGCCAAAGCACGACAAGGCCUGGCAGGAGCUUGUCGAUGCGAAGAUACCGAGACCUCACGAGACGAAAGAGUUUGUGCGGACCGCCGCAUCAGGGAUGGAGUGCCAGACAGAAGAGGAUCAAGCCAUGAAGGCCGUGCAGAUGGCAGAGUCCGAAGCGAAACGAAUCUAUGUGUUGACCCAAGAAGAUCCGAAGCGUUUACGUAUUCCCAAGGCAAAGCGGAUAUCGAUGUUGAAAGUCGGUGCAGAGAAAUUGCUUGCUGCAAAGCGACGGUUCGGGCAGAUCCGGAAACGGAACGAUCGAAUCACGGAAUUUGUUCGGGCAACAUUCGACUACGCGGAUGCAAGGAGAAACGCUGCUCGUCACCGCGUCCUUGUGCAAUGGGUUCUGGAGCAAGUUCCUUUGAUCGAGGCCGAGAUGGCCCAGUCCGACGCCAGCAAGACUAUGCCUCCUGCAGCCAGUAGGACGAAGAGGAAGCUUACUAACGACGCAGAGCCUGUGGGCAGACGAAACCCGAAAAAGCAGAAGCUUGAUGAUCAGGAGCUGGAUCCAAGCAGCAGAGCUGAGGCCCCGCCAAAAGCCGAAGGGACGCAACCGGCACCCCGGGACGCUGGGGCAAUACCCGAGGGACCCCGCCGUAGCGCACGUAUCGCAGCGCUCCAAGGCGCUGUCAAGCCGGCUUCAGAGCGCGAUACUUCCCAACCAAGACCGCCAUCGUGGCCCACAGCGAAGGUUGCACAACCGCCCAGGUCUCAUUUGUCCGCGGGGAGCACAAAAGCUUUGACGGGUACGAAGAGGGAGCUGCAGAGUGUCGGUCGACGCGGUGUUGCCAAACCUGCUGCAGAAGUGCUACGGAGACGUCGGCGGCGAAGGCGGGGUCGGUGAGGGGGUGGUGCAUACUUCCGUUGUGCUCAUCCAAUAAAUUGACCAGACUGCCUGUCAUAUUUGUCAUGUUUUGUUAGUAAGCAACCCUGCUAAACGGGCUUUCGCGGAGACAACGUUUCAUGUGCCUGAACCUGGGGGGUCGUCUUCACUGUCUUCACUCUUUCUGCUGCGACGUGGCCCUGACGCCCAAAACAUCAUCACGCGCGGGGAUGAGCGCGGGCACGCCCGUCCCCGAUUGACACCAGACACCAGAGCGUGGUCCACAAGGAUGUGCGCGUCGCAAACAUGUUGUUCAUUCCCGAGACCAAUGGGAUCAUAAUAAUUGACAUUGAACGGGCUUCGCUGCUCAGGCCGCCUCGGCGUCCGUUGGCGCAGUUGGUGCCAAACAAGCGAGCAUGGAAGCAAGAGACAAUAGAUAUCAAGGCGACUGGAGGUUCACGCAAU